ACCCGAAUCGAGAGAGCGGCGGAAAUCAAGCCAACUCUCCGCCCUAGUUUCAAGACUUCUUGAACCGCUAAUUUACUUCCGGUGGCACGUCGUGUCAUCAACUCGUAACAUUUUAACUUGAUCAGAUUAAUUUCAGUCCUCUUGGCGCAGGGGUUGGAGAUAACCAAAAUACAUCGACACAAGUAAGCUGUGAUCAGAAGUUCGAUAGCAGUAUUUUAGUGCUUGACAUGCAAAAUUUAUUUGGCUGAGUACGUAAAAACAGCGAGGACCUUGGCGCGGAGCAUAGUGAGGGUAUUGUGAGGAUGAAGAGAUUUUGCUUGGGAUUUGUUCAGACCACUAAGGUAUCCAGAAGAAAAUUUACCUGGAAAUCAACUGGAGGCCAAGUGAUACAAAGAUACUCAAAGUCAACCACAUCAUUUUCCUCCACCCAUGAAUACAUCAUCAUUGGUGCGGGAUCAGCUGGGUGUGUUCUGGCCAAUCGACUGUCAGCCAAUCCAGAUUUAAGAGUACUCCUUCUCGAAGCUGGACCAUCAGAUAACACAUGGAAAAUCCAGAUGCCAGCAGCUAUGUCAUAUAACCUAGAAAAUGACAACCACAAUUGGUUCUAUACCUCAGAGCCUCAGAAAUAUUUAAAAAAUAGGACUAUUUACCAUCCAAGAGGUCGUGUGGUAGGCGGGUCCUCUUCAAUAAACGCAAUGAUUUUUGCCCGAGGACAUGCAUUUGAUUUCGAUAGAUGGGACAGGGAAGGUGCCACAGGAUGGUCCUAUGCAGACUGUCUGCCGUACUUCAAGAUGUCAGAAAGCUACGAACGUGGUGCUAGUCAAUAUCGUGGAGGAAGUGGGCCAAUGCGGGUGUAUCGUGGGACACAUUUCAACCCUCUCCACCAGGUCUUCAUCGCUGCGGGUGUAGAAGCCGGUUAUCCAUUCACAGAUGACUUCAACGGCUUUCAACAGGAAGGGGUGGGCUCGCUGGAUCGCACUAUACACGAAGGAAAGAGAUGGAGUGCCGCAGCCGCUUAUCUGAAGCCAGCUCUUCUACGGAAUAACUUGACGACCAGAACUGGAGCGCUGGCAAACAGAGUGCUAUUUGAAAACGAUAAAGCCAUAGGGGUAGAAUAUCGUGUUGGGGAUUCAGUGAAACGGGCACGCGCUUCUAAAGAAGUCAUUCUGUCUGGUGGAGUCAUGAAUUCUCCGCAGCUGCUUAUGCUGUCUGGGAUUGGGGAUGAAACAGAGUUGAGGUCGCUCGGAAUACCUAUGGUGGCAAAGUUACCUGGGGUGGGAAAAAAUCUGCAAGAUCAUGUGCAAGUGUAUGUCCAAUAUGAAAGCCUUAAGCCAGUGACGUUGAGCAGUACGUUUAAAGUGCACAACAAGGUGCGAGCAGGCCUAAACUGGUUUUUAUUCAAGAAUGGAGUGUGUGCCUCCAACCAUUUUGAAAGUGGAGGGUUCGUUAAAAGUGAUUCAAGCGUGUCACACCCCGAUAUACAGAUGCAGUUUGUUCCUACUGCGAUGAAAGAGGCGGGCAGCUCUGAGAUUAUUCAACAUGGAUACCAGGUAUGUGCUGAGAUACUUAGACCCAGCAGCCGGGGCUUCGUGAAACUUCGAUCACGUGAUCCACUCGCCCAUCCUGUCAUUCAACCAAACUAUCUGUCACGUGACGGUGAUCGUCGCUUAAUGAGGACCUGUGUACAAGUUGCACGUCAUGUACUCAACCAGAAGGCUUUUGAACCUUAUAGAGGAAAACCGAUAAAACCAGCAAAGACUUGCGAAACCGACGAGGAAAUAGACGCUUUCGUUCAAGGAUACGCUAAGACUGAUUACCAUCCCUGUGGAACGUGCAAGAUGGGAGCCGAAGAUGACCCGAUGGCUGUCGUUGACACGCAAACACGUGUCUUCGGAGUCGACAAUCUUCGGGUCGUGGAUGCGUCUUUAAUCCCCAGUAUAGUCAGCGGUAAUCUUAAUGCUUCUACGCUCAUGAUAGCGGAAAAGGCCGCAGAUUGUAUUUUGGGGAAGUCGCCGUUGCCGAAGGAACACGUUCCAGUAUAUAGCACGUCAUAACCAUUAGCUGUUGUUACGGAACUCUGGUUAGAGAUGUGAUUUAUGAACAUGUGCUGAUCUCGUUUCUGCCAUCAUUUGAGCCAACGCCACAAUUCGAAGGCUUUAGCCAGUUCCAACAUUUUUAGUUCGUGCAGAAACUUCUAUAUCGUCCUUUUAAUUAAUUUUUUUUAUUUGUGCAGGUUGUGAUCAUGCGGAGAUAUCGGAUUCAUUGAUUUACUCAAGCCUCCGCUUAAAACAAGGCUGAGAGCAAAACAGAUUUUAAAAUUAUAAUGCAAUAAAAAGCCAUAUUCACAAGAAAAUAUUUACACGUGGCCUCGUUUUGAAACUGAGGCCGUCUAGGACUCGGAAUUUUCCCCGCAGUUAAAUUAUAAUCUGAAAUAAUCUACCUUAGAUUUCUUCUCGAGAGCAGAAUUGUUCGGCUAUUUUGGAGUCUCAAAUACGGAUUCCAAUGAAUUUCAAUCCUUUUACUUACGAAAUCUUUAAGUUAUAAUCCAAAAACCGAACUUCGUCCCUUUUACUUGUAUUCUUUGUUUAAAAUUGAACCUUUCCUUUAAUGGCAGUUCUGAUGAGGAUUCGAGGCAAGGUAUAGUCAAUGAAUUUUUGUCUUUAACAUCUGAUAAUAAGUGAGGUAUUAUUCGUGCAUUCUGAAAAUACACUUAUUUUAGAAUUUGAACAGCUUUUCCCAUAAAAGUUAAAAAAAUGGUGACAAUGAUAAUUUUGACAAUAAGGAUGAUGGUAAUGGUAACUACAAUUUAAC